AUGGCUUCCUGGACGAGCAUUGCUUCUGUGCUAGCCAUGGUGGUGACCAUUCAUCAUGCUUCUUCUGACGGCUUGAGACGAACGAGCAUGGGCAAGGUUGAUCUCCAUUCCCUCUAUGUCCCUCCGUUUUGGAGAGAAGAGUCGAUAUUGGCAGGUUAUGGCGAGCCAGAUGGGAUACCUGGAAUCCCAGCCUGGUCUGAAGAAGCCCAUCUCGAGUUCAUGUCCCAAGCAAACAUCAUAGAUUCAAUCCUCAGCAUCACCUCGCCCGGCACACACCUCACACCCGGAAACAACACGCACGCCCGGCGCCUGUCCCGACAGUGCAACGAGUUCGCAGCAGACCUCAAGCGCCGACGCCCCGAGGAAUUUGGAUUCUGGGCAGCCCUCCCCUCCCGGACGUCGAGCUGUCUUCACGAAUGCUCAUGGCGUUUCUACCUCGGCGAUGAAUCCCUGAGCCCGCUCUUUCAAGAGCUGGACCGCCAAAAUGUAACCGUCUUCGUCCACCCGACUAGUCCCUGCAUCCGCGGCGCGCACGGUAACAACCCACAGCCCGCAUCGCCGCUAGCCGAGUUCUAUCCAAACCCGAUGUUCGAGUUCCUCUUCGAGGGCGCGCGCGCAGUGACAAACCUCUUCCUCUCAGGAACAGUCGACUUCGCGUCAUCGAUCCUGGGUCUCCCGCUGCAGAUCAACUCCGACAGCGUCAAGGUAGCGUUUGCGCGCAGCUUCUAUUUCGAUCUUGCGGGGUUUGUGUUCCCCGAUCAGAUCUACGGACUAUUGCGCUAUGUUGGUGCGAGGAGUAUUGUUUAUGGUAGUGAUUAUCCGUAUACACCGGGCCCGGGUAUUGUGGUGCUUACGGAGACGAUUAAUGAGCAUAUGGACGAGGCGUUUCCGGACCCACGUGACGUAGAGGACAUAUUCGCUGGAAUUGCGAAGCGCAUCCUUGAUCGGCUCUGA